AUGCGUUUCCUCAUCGCCGGCGUAGCCCUAAUCGGCUCUUCCCUUGCCUAUCCCGGCAACUGGCCGGACCAUCACAAACCUCAACCUUCUGGCUUCACCACUUUCCCUCCACCUCCUCCGUUGUCUACCGGAGGAACUUGGCCUCCUCCGCCGCCGGAAACUACACUCACGUCUACAUACACAUCGGCUUCGACUUUUUCCGGUACAGGCCACCACGUUACCUACACAUAUACCAACACCCAGACCAAGACUGUCUUCAUCCCGACCUCGACUUCGGUCGGCACUACGGGUGCAUCGACAAUCUAUUCGACAUGGCUUACUGCUUCGACCUCGGUGAGGGAAGCAACUUGGACUACGCUGGUUCCAGAAACGACCUUUCCGGUCGGUGUGCCGACGUCUGGCUGUCCACUACCCGCGACGGAGACGGAAACUGUUACUGUUACUUUCACUGCUACGCAUACUGUGGUGCCAGCGUCGACUGGGGGCAGUGUUCCAGGGGGGGAAACGACAGCUGUGGUUGUUCCAGUUACGUCUGCUGUGAGUGAGACUGUGACGGGGACUGCCACUGGGCCUGCUGUUGGACCUACUACCACUGAGCCUGCUACCGGACCUGCUACUGCAACCAUUACUGGAUCUGCCACUGAAACAGCUACCCAAACUGGCACAACCAGUAUCAGCACAACCACGACCUCGAGAGAACCCGUCUUCCCUUGGACAUCUACCUCGACGACAGUUAGCGGAACAGGAACCCCUCCUAGCAUAGGCACUGGCGUUCCAGAGUGGAAGUCUGACAAGUGGUCCCUUGACAGGAAGCCUCUGGCGUUUGCUCGGCGAGCCUAG